ACAGCGGCACCGAAUAACCGACAACACGAGAAGGACCGACCGAUGGAAAAUUUCGUCGCGGCUAUUGGCGAGACAUAGAUCUUGGAGUAGGAAAAUGCUUUAAGAUGCGCUAUGUCCUUCUUAUCUACCGAUCUGAUCUGAUUGAGGAUCUAAUCUGAUUUGAGUACGACUUGGAUUACAAGGUCGUCCGUAGCUGCUAUGGGUGUUUUACAAGGGAAACGCGGGGAUGUGAAUGGUCUGGAGAGGCGAUUGGUGAUGAAACUCGACAUAUUCAUCAUGGUAUACUGUUGUGCAUGCUAUUUCUUCAACUACCUGGAUCGACAGGCAUUUGCAAACGCCUAUGUUGCUGGCAUGAGAGAAGAUCUGAACCUGCAAGGCAAUCAAUUCAGUAUCCUGCUCUCCCUGUUCACCGCUGGAAAUGUCGUGGCACUUAUUCCACACGCGUUGAUUUUGCAGAAGAUCAGACCAAGCAUCUGGCUACCACUAACUCUAGUUCUUUGGUCUGGUCUUACUAUGUGCUCCGCUGCAUGCACCACUUACAAGCAAAUCUGCGCCGUGCGCUUCUUCCAAGGCACUAUGGAGGCCAGUUUGUAUAGCGGUACUAUGUACGUGCUUGGUUCAUGGUACACCCCAUCUGAAAUCGCCAAGCGAGCGGCGAUCUUCACAGCUGUCGGACAAGUCGGUAGUAUGUUUGCUGGUCUGAUGAUGACUGCAAUGCAUAAGACAAUGGAGGGCUCAGGUGGUCUGAAGGGAUGGCAGUGGGUCUUCAUUAUAGACGGCCUGAUGGGCAUACCUUUCGGAAUCUACGGAUAUUUCACAUUUCCAGACCUUCCUGAAUCAACAGGGAGGCGAUCCAUUAACGAGGAAGAGAGGCGAUUUGCCAUCAGCCGCUUGCCGCCCAAGACGGCCAACACCCACAGCAUUGCAUUCAACAGUAUUGUUAAGAGGGUCUUUUUCAACCCAACAAUCUAUAUAUUAGCUGGAUUCUCAGCAAUCAGUGCUAUGCUCGAGGCCUUCGCUUUCCAGGGCAUGUUCCUCCUCUGGCUCAAGCACAAUAAAGCGCGCUUUUCUCAGACAGCCAUCAAUACCUACCCGCUCGGCAUUCAGGCUGUAGCCGUCGCAUCUCAGAUUCUCUCCGGCAUCUUCAUCGACCAUACUGGUCACCGCAUGCCCAUGGUAAUCUUCGCUGGCGCCGCGCAACUCGUCACCGCCAGUCUACUGCUCGUGCGUGAUAUGUCUGAUAGCGGCAUCUUCGUAGCGCACUAUCUCAGUGGUACAAGCUUCAUCGUGAACCCCGUCAUGUACGGCUGGGCAACCACGAUCUGCCAGCGCACUGGCGACGACGCCGCGAGAAGCGUCGUGCUAUACUCGAUGAACAUGGCCGGACAAAUUCUGUACACAUUCUGGGGCAUCGUUAUGUAUCCCGCGACCGACGUGCCUUACUGGAAGAAGGGAAGUAUUACGAUGGUGGUUGUGUGCUUUGUGUUCGUGGCAUAUUCGUUCCUGGUUCGAUGGCUUGACAAUCACACAAGGACAGUUCAGGAGACAGGCGACGCGAGUGAUGCCGAAGUCGACACGGUUGAGCAGACAGCUAAGUUAGGCUGAAGAGUGCCUCACAUU